ACCCAGCACUAAGAGCAACAACCUGUUGCUGUUGUUUUUAUUUCAAACGUUGGUUUUUCCUUCCAGCUCCUUUCCAACACCCUUCUCUAACCAAUUCAGGUCAAAAGGACCUCUUUUCUACCAAGACACUUGCUUUUCCUAUCACUGAUUUGGCUCACAACUCCUGGAAGAAAAGACCCCAUUUUGGCACUUUGUGUGAGAGGCCAAUACACCUUGCCCUGGGCAAAGGUUAGCUAAGGCAGUUAUCCUGGGAGAAACGGUGACGGGAGCAUGAUGGAAUCAUUGGGAUUAAACUCCAGAAGGGGACAGAACUGCAAAGGAAAGUGUUCAAGAACUCACUGUCUGCUUUAAUCUAAGAUCUCUUCGCAGCAGGCAAUGUUUCAAAAUAAUAAUGAUGAUAAUAAUAAGGGGCCCAUGCUGUUUCUCACCAUCGCUUGUUCCCCAGGCCAGCUGAUGCCACAAAUACUAACAUUUCAAAGAAUGCGGCUACUACAACUUGUCACAGGAAUUGAGAAGAGCGGACGCAAAGAACACCAACUUGCAGCUAGCUUCCCGGAUUCUGUCCCUAGCUCUGGGGGACCCACCUCGCCCACGCUUAGAAGUCGGGGUGGGGCAGAGGGGCGGAGUCAGGCCUGAGGGGUGGGACGGGUUGUCCCGCCCUCGGAGGCUGGGCUGGCGCUGGCAGGCGUCUCCGCAGCAUUGCGGGCCCUCUCCCACACAGAGCCUAGCCCGGCGGGGAAGUGGAUUGCGUUCCCGAGCUUAGGGUAGAGAGCAGGUGGCACAACAUGGACCGGGCGCCAGCUUUCCUGAGCGCGGCCGAGGUGCAGGAGCACCUCCGCAGCUCCAGCCUCCUCAUCCCGCCUCUGGAAGCGGCACUGGCCAACUUCUCCAGCGGCCCCGACGGAGGGGUCAUGCAGCCGGUGCGCACCGUAGUGCCAGUGGCCAAACACAGGGGCUUCCUGGGGGUCAUGCCAGUCUACAGCGCAGCAGAGGAUGCUCUGACCACGAAGCUGGUCACCUUCUACGAGGGACACAGCACCACCACCACAGUCCCCUCCCAUCAGGCUACGGUGCUACUCUUUGAACCAAGCAAUGGAUCCCUGCUUGCGGUCAUGGAUGGAAAUGUCAUAACUGCGAAGAGAACAGCUGCCGUGUCUGCCAUUGCCACCAAGUUCUUGAAGCCUCCCAGCAGUGAAGUGCUGUGCAUCCUCGGGGCCGGAGUCCAGGCCUACAGCCAUUAUGAGAUCUUCAUGGAGCAGUUCUCGUUCAAGGAGGUGAGGAUAUGGAACCGCACGAAAGAAAAUGCAGAGAAGUUUGUAGACACAGUGCAAGGGGAAGUACGGCUCUGCUCCUCGGUCCAGGAGGCUGUGACAGGUGCUGAUGUGAUCAUCACUGUCACCAUGGCAACAGAGCCCAUUUUGUUUGGCAAAUGGGUGAAGCCAGGAGCCCACAUCAAUGCCAUCGGCGCCAGCAGACCUGACUGGAGAGAACUGGACGAUGAGCUCAUGAAGCAGGCAGUGCUGUAUGUGGAUUCCCAGGAGGCUGCCCUGAAGGAGUCCGGCGAUGUCCUCUUGUCUGGGGCUGAGAUCUUCGCUGAGCUAGGAGAAGUGGUGAGGGGAGUAAAACCAGCCCACUGUGAGAAGACCACAGUGUUCAAGUCAUUGGGAAUGGCAGUGGAAGACAUGGUUGCAGCCAAACUAGUGUAUGACUCCUGGUCAUCUGCUAAGUAAAGCAAAGAACUCUGUGUUGUGGUGGAUAUGCUGCAGCUCAAGGGAUGUUGCCAUUUGGUAAUCUCAUCAUUUCUAGAUCAAAUGGGGGAGUCCAGGCCCCAGUGAAUUCUAAUGUUGUACUUAAGUCUAACCCUAAAUACUGAAAUUCUCCUCUUUGUGGCUGGAGACCAAAACUGAGUAACCAUCCCUCC